CUCCUGCACACAGGACAUGUAAGUUAUUUUGCCAGUUGCCUUGUCAAAUUGACUAUCUCUUUGUGUUCACCAUAUUUUCAGUAACUAUGGGCAGUUUAACAUUUAUGUUCGCGUGCUCUGCUAAGACCUUGAAGAUGAUCAAAAAUAACUCACAUGCAAUUUAUUUCAAGAGGACUCUCUUAUUGCCACGACUGCCUCUCUUCAAACAAUCAGAAGGCAAGUGUAUCAACUUAGGUCGACUGUCAAGCUCCACAGCUGCCAGGGCAGCGAAGGGAGAGGACUCCUUCCUCAAAUGGCUCCUGCUUCUGAUUCCUGUCACCACAUUUGGUCUUGGGACAUGGCAGGUGAAACGUCGGGAAUGGAAAAUUAAGUUGAUUGCAGAACUGAGAAGUCUUACCUCCGUGGAACCCAUUCCUCUUCCUAUUGAUCCUCUGGAGUUGAACAAUCUGGAGUACAGGAGAGUAAAGGUGCGUGGGCACUAUGACCACUCCCAGGAGAUGUACAUCUUACCACGCUCGCCUGUCGACCCAGAGAAAGAAGCAAGGGAGGCAGGCCAGCUGUCAUCCAGUGGAGAUACUGGAGCCAAUGUCGUUACCCCGUUCUACUGCAGUGACCUAGGGAUCACGAUCCUUGUAAACAGAGGAUAUGUUCCUAGGAAGAAGAUCAAACCAGAAACCAGGAUGAAGGGACAGGUGGAUGACGAGAUUGACCUGGUAGGUGUGGUGAGGCUGACAGAGAUCCGCAAACCCUUUGUGCCACAAAACAACGUGGAGCACAACCGCUGGCACUACCGCGACCUGGAGACGAUGGCUAGAGUCACAGGGGCCGAGCAGAUCUUCAUCGAUGCUGACCUGGCCAGCACAAUUCCGGGUGGACCUAUAGGAGGACAGACCCGAGUCACCCUCAGGAAUGAACAUAUGCAGUACAUUAUGACGUGGUAUGGCCUCUGUGCAGCAACCUCUUACAUGUGGUAUGCCAAGUUCAUCAAAAGGAUUGUGUGAUACACCCCGCAAUGGCUUGAGUAGUGUAAAUUAAUACAAUGUUUUUGUCAUGAAUAUCACAUAGCCAGAUCAUGGCAGUAUAGAAGCUGCUGUAGGUACUUAAUGUCUUGGUUUUAUUUGAAAAAUGUACACUUAAACAAAUGCAACAUGUAAAGUUGUUGGUUUCAUGAGCCGAAAUAAAAGAUCCCAUACAUUUUCCAAAUACAAAUUAUUUCUUUACAAACCGCUUAAUGAGCAUUUCUCCUUUGCCAAGAUAAUCCAACCACAUGACAGGUGGCAUAUCAAGAAGCCGAUUAAACAGCAUGAUAAUUACACAGGUGCACCUUGUGCUGGGGACUAAAGGCCACUAAUGUAGUCACAAUGCCCUAGAUGUCUCAAGUUGAGGGUGUGUAAUUGGCAUGCGGACUGCAGGAAAGUCCACCAGAGCUGAGCUGUUGCCAGAUACAUUUAAUUUCUCUACCAUAAGCCACCAUCGUUUUAGAGAAUUUGGGAAUAUGUCCAACCUGUCAACUGCAGCCCACCUGUAGGUGAGCGGUUUACAGACAACAUAAUGAACAGUGCUCCACAAUGGCGGUGGGGCUAUGGUAUGGGCAUGCAUAAGCUGUGGACAGACUACAUUUUUAUAGAUGGCAAUUUGUGUGCACAAAUACCAUGACGAGAGCGAGGCCCAUUUAAAAAAUCUGCGAUGCAUAUCUGCAUUCCUAGUCAUGUGAAAUCCACAAUUGGCCUAAUGAAUUUGACUGAUCACCUCUAACUCAAAGGAAUAGCAAGUGGGAUUGUUGUCCAUAUGAAGUAUCGUAAUAAAAUAGCCAAAUGUAUCCAGUUGUCAUGUUAUGAUUGGGGGGUUUA